ACCUGCCAGCCCCCCCUCCACCCUGCAUGUCGGCGCGGCGCUCCGUUCCUGCUGCGGACAGCUAUGACGCAAAAGGUUUUUUAGAGACUUCGUAACUCCGGGUUUACGGUAUGACUCCCCUGGAUGGAAAACCCCGCAGCGCAGCAGAGCGCAGAUAAAAGUCCAAAUGGAAGCUGGAGGAGAAACUCCGGAGCUGCGCAGCAGAAGCUCUCUGACACCAACACGGCCGCCCUGACAGACAUGGACACCUGGACAGUCACCCUCCUGCUACACUACUUCCUGUUUGCAUCUUUAGUCCGAUCAGCUCCUGUCGGUUCGCCUCCAUUCAGAGAAACGGCCUUGCAGGCGAAGACGCUGGGUGAGAAAAUCCUGAAGGACAUUUCUGCUGCCCAUGCCGCUAAUGUAGAGAGUUUCACCCUCGGAUCUUUGAGUCAAACGUCAAACCUGCAGACGAUGGCGGCGUCGAUGAGAAUCCCGUCAUCUCCGGCACUCAAAGCGCUGUCUGAACGCUUCACCCUGGACAUGUGCGUUAGCCGGAUGCUAGCGGGAGUCCAGAUGUACCAGAACGUGCUGGAGGUUCUGUCCAGCAAAGUGAGCGGUCUGGAGGACUUGAAAGUGGACCUGCGUGACCUGCUGAACCACAUCAAUAAGCUGAAGGAGGCUGCUCAACUUGGAGCGGACAGUUCGGUUCCGACAGCCAGCUCCGACCUGGCGACUCAUCUCCAAGACAGCUACAGCAUCCAGGUGGCGGUUCACAUAACGCUGACUCGACUGCGCGCCUUCUGUCAUGACCUGAACCGCACCUUCAGGGUCCUCUCCACCCACAGGCCAUGAGCUGCAGGCCCCUUUAAAGGUCUGCUGGAUCAGAGUGGAGCUGCUCAAACUAUGAAGAAGUUCGUCUAUAACUGAUCAGCCAUCUUCCUGCAUCAUUAAGGAAGGAUGGAAGGAGCAAGAGAAGCCGAAGCAGAGAAUCGCAGUUUGCUUCUGUUCUGCAGCAGCUGCAGUUUAACCAUCAAAACAGAAGAAGGAGGGCAGCUUUAACAUUCCCCUAAUCUGCUCAUCUCCACUCCUGAUCAGAUGCAGAACAAUCCUGAAGGUCUGAGUUUGUUUCGGCACGUCUUACUUUCGCCAUAAAUAGGGGAUUAGCAGGAAUGUGAUCGCUGCCGCAGGAACAAAUCUGUUGACUUCAAGGAAAGAAGAAAGAGCUGAUUGUAAAGCCUGCCGGAGGAUCUGCAGGCCUGGACCUGCUCGGCGCUCGGAUUAACUCUGUUCUUCUGCUGUUUAUCUGGCAGUGAAGCUGCACACUGAUAGCGAAAACAACAGCCUGACGAUGCGCUGACUGUUGACCAAGCAGCACAGAUUCCUAUAUUUAUCACUGCAGAAGCAAACAGAACCAUAUCUUACAUCUAUGCUCCUAAGAUUUUGUGAACGUUACCUCAGGGCUACAGGUGCGUCAGAAUGCCACCUACCUGCAGAUCAAAAAGACAAACUCCUUAACGACCAAAAGAUGCAGUUUCUUAUGAAAAAAAUAACUUUGUUCAGUUAGAUCAUCAGAAAGGAAAGAGGAAGUUAAAAAACAUCACUUCCUGUUUCUGUAUUUUGUAGUAAAACUUUAUAUAUUUUUUAUUUUAGUUUUUUUCUGAAGAAGCAGAAUGAAGAGAAAAGUGGGACUAGUUUGUCUUUAUAAGAGUAAUAGAGACUUUUAUUCUGAAAAGCUAUUUCACUUCCAGCACUUUUUUUGUUAUUUAUCAUCAGAUUAUUUUUUUUUAUUAUUUAUUGAUGAUAUUUAUAAAGUAUUUAUUGUUGUAUUUAUUAUUUCUGUUGAUAGUUGGAUGGUUUUUAUUGAUUAUUUAUUUAUUUUUAGUGUUGAACCUGAGAGCUGAACUGAAACAGGAAACUGAAUCAGGGUCAAAUUUCUGCUCAGAGUUCAGGGAGGUUAAUGAGGAGGGGGUUGAUGAUGUCAUCACAGUGAUGACAUCACAUCGUCAUGUCCUCACAUGACCUGAGAACAUUCCCGCUGACUCAUGUUAAAUCCUCCUUCUUCCUGUCUUUGUUUUUAUGACAAAUGCUCUGUUGGUUUUACAAAAUAUGUUGAAAUUAAUCAAAGUAAAAUAUGUUGAUUCGUGCUUUAAAACUCUUGUUGUUCUUCCAUUAUUUUGUGUUAAAAUCCUUUUAGACGCUUUGCUCCUGAGAUCAACUGUCCUUUUCUAAACAGGUUGAACUUUUAAAGCAUUCAGGGAGUUUUUUUUGUAUUAUUUCAUGUGCUUUAAAACAAGAAGUGGAA